CGGGAGCGGAGCCGCGGCUCGCGCUCGCCCGGGACGCCGGCCGCCCGCCCGCCCGCCAGCCCGAGCGAGCGGCCCGGGGCGUCGAGGGGGCCCGCGCCGCGCCGGGCGCCGCCGCCCUGGCCGCCAUGUGCUCCCAGCUCUGGUUCCUGACGGACCGGCGCAUCCGCGAGGACUACCCGCAGGUGCAGAUCCUGCGCGCUCUCCGUCAGCGCUGCUCCGAACAGGACGUGCGCUUCCGGGCGGUGCUCAUGGACCAGAUCGCCGUCACCAUCGUCGGCGGCCACCUCGGUCUUCAGCUGAACCAGAAGGCACUUACCACUUUCCCAGACGUGGUGCUCGUGCGGGUGCCCACACCCUCAGUGCAGUCAGACAGCGACAUCACCGUCCUGCGCCACCUGGAGAAGCUGGGCUGCCGCCUGGUCAACCGCCCACAGAGCAUUUUAAACUGUGUCAACAAGUUCUGGACUUUCCAAGAGCUGGCUGGACAUGGGGUUCCUAUGCCGGACACCUUCUCCUAUGGUGGGCAUGAUGACUUUUCCAAAAUGAUCGAUGAGGCUGAGCCCCUGGGCUACCCGGUCGUGGUGAAGAGCACACGAGGACACCGGGGAAAAGCUGUUUUUCUUGCAAGAGAUAAACAUCACCUCUCAGACAUCUGCCAUCUGAUCCGCCAUGAUGUGCCCUACCUGUUCCAGAAGUAUGUGAAGGAGUCACAUGGCAAAGACAUCCGGGUGGUGGUGGUCGGGGGCCGGGUGAUAGGCUCUAUGCUCCGCUGCUCCACAGAUGGACGGAUGCAAAGCAACUGCUCUCUCGGUGGUGUGGGUGUCAUGUGCCCACUGACAGAACAAGGCAAGCAGUUGGCUAUUCAGGUGUCCAACAUCCUGGGCAUGGACUUCUGUGGCAUUGAUCUCCUCAUCAUGGACGAUGGCUCCUUUGUGGUGUGUGAGGCAAACGCCAACGUCGGCUUCUUAGCCUUCGACCAGGCAUGCAAUUUAGAUGUGGGUGGCAUCAUCGCGGACUACACCAUGUCCUUGCUGCCCAAUAGGCAGACUGGCAAGAUGGCUGUCCUCCCGGGACUGUCCAGUCCCAGGGAGAAGAAAGAGCCAGAUGGCUGCACUUCAGCUCAGGGAGUUGCAGAGAGCGUCUACGCCAUCAACAAUGGGUCUACCUCUAGUGAGAGUGAGCCUGAACUGGGAGAGAUCCGGGAUUCCUCAGUGAGCACAGCCGGGGCCCCGCCCCCCAUGCUGCCUGAACCUGGCUACAACAUUAACAACAGGAUUGCUUCAGAAUUAAAACUUAAGUGAAUUCCUGCAUUUUGGGCAGCAUUUAAACCAAAUCCUACUGCUUCCCUAUAGUUUUGAGUGAAUAAAAUCUGGACUAAUGUGAUUUCAUUUGCACAGAAACUAGAAAUCCCAUCUGGGCACUCAGCAUUCUUUCUAACGAUGAUUUAAGCAAACGGCUUAGCUUUGUGGUUUUUACAAAGACUAACCUAAAGACACUCACCACGAGCAACAUCCCGACUGAUCAACUUGAGACCGAUGUCUGCUGCGAGCACUUGGAUAUACGGCUGACUUUUAAGGCGCUGACUCUGUCCUGCUGCUUCUGGCUGUGAUCAGCAGAGCCCAUUAACUCAGAACGGCCCCUGGAAAUACUGUACUCAGAAGCCCCACUGGACGGAGGCGGGUGCAGAAGAGACCAAAUGUGACUGCGGUUAUGUGCUCUUCGUUAAGUGUGUGUGUGAUGUGUGGAGAAUACACAGUCCAAACGCUAUGAGAGGAUCGAUCUCUGCUCCCCGUCAAUCACCAUCUUGGCCAUAUUUCUCUGACACUCAGGAUAUGGUGUUUUAGGGAGCUUCCUCAUUAGCAGUGAAGCACUUUGUAGAAAGUUCGAGAUUGAACGUUCUUUGACUUCACUGGUUGGCAGAUAUCCUGCUGCGUCACUGGGGCUUUCUACAAAUUGCUUUGCCGCUCCGAAUUUAUAGACCCUGCUUCAACUAAUGCCAGCCCCAGCAGCCUCUUGCACCUUUGCUGCCUUUGGCCUCAGCUGGAAAUGCACUUCAACGAGCUAGUGGCCACACACUUUAUUUCUUAUGCGUGCACUAGAAUUGAACACCAUGAACUUUCUUGUCAAUGGACUCUGUUCAUUUGUCAUCCAGAAGCUGGUGGGUUUUUAUCAUAGAAGCUACUGGAAGAUAAUCAUUUUCCCUCUUCUCUCCUAAAACUUUGUGUACUGCUUAGCUGUAGGAGGUUUUCUUGUACGUGUUGGUGUUGCGGGCCUGUUGGGUAGAUUGAGCCAUUGGAAACACACUCUAAUCCCCUUGACCUUCUAGUCCUAUCCAGGUUUCAGAGACCUGUCCUUACCCACUUUUCCACACUGGGGAGACUCAGGUAUUAGGAAUUGCCCAUUGCACAUUUUGGGGGAGGACGGUGUUGGAAAAUGUAGACGUGACACCAAGUGCUUUUCAUUUUCACUCUUUAAGCAGUAGAUGCUGAUCCUUCCCUUGGGAGAAAUCAUGGAGAUAGAGUUUUCCAUUUCUGCUCAUAUGAAGUAUGAUGAGAAUGAGCAAGGCUCCCUCUUUAACCAAAUACACUAAAACGUAAGCCCUCAAGAGUUACCAUAACCUAUUAUUUCCUCGAGAGAUCAUACUCUGGAGCUGUGAUGUUACAUAUGCCAAGAACACAUAGACUUCCUCUUUGGAAUGAUCUCUGAAGCCAUGCAAGGUAAGAGGCCUCCCAGCCUUACAGUGAGACUUCGUUUUUCACACCACCCCUCCCGAGAGGUAGUCCCAAGCUCCAUCACCCAUUUUAUUUAUCAGACUUAUCUUCUAAUGCUCUUUGGCUCUUCAAAAAAAAAAAAAAAUCAUUCGUCAAAACAUAAAUCUACCCAUAAAGGGCAAAGACCUACCAACACUGAGGAAGCUCACAAGUGGACAGUUUCCAAGGAAGGCUCUAGAAAUAGUCUGACUUAAGGUCGGCUUCACUGGACUAAACAUCCAUCUUCCCAAGGUGACUAGUUUGAAGGCAGCAACACCCAUUUGGGUGUAUAAAUUCCUGUACUUAUUCUGCUGUAAAUGUAAAAAUGUGUAUAAACCCAACACUGUCACAUUUUUUCACAACACAUCUAAGUAGCAAUUGGCUUUUAAAAUAUUGUGGCUAAAAGCACAUCUCCCCAAGUAGUACUUAGACAACUGAAAAACGUUUGGCUCCAUGAUACGGAGAUAUGCACUACACCAUUGUAGUCUAAAUGCAGUCCAACGUAGGGUGCAUGCCACUCAGUUGUAACUCUAGUAAAUUGUACGGUUGACGAAUGAUAACGCUUCACCUUUAUACAGGUUACGACAUUUACCUUAUCUUUACCACUCAGGGUGGGUUUAGGAGGACAGUUCUAGGUCUGUUCUUGUUGAAUUGUCCAAAUGCUUUCUACGUAAACAUCUGAAUUGAGUGAUGACCUUCUGGAAGCUGCAUUCACUCAUUCCCACUGUUCAGUGUAAGCCCAAUCUCCCCACUUUAUCUCAAAGGAUACUAGCGGGCCCUGUGCUAAGCAGAGCAGCUAGAGGGUGCUUCCGGAUUUGCCGAAGGGGGCUCAUCUUCCAGCUGCUAGUGACAUCUAUAGUCAUUGGCACCAUUGCUUUUUGGCCCAGCCUAGAAGCAGAGAAAGCUGGGUCACACCCAACUCGUAGCUCCCCUCCAGGAUUUCCCCUACUGGCCGUGGGCCCUGUGAGCCUCGGUCAUGCGUCUGGGCCACACUUGUUAACACCUGCCGACCAGACCUGCUGGAAGGAACGUGGGGCUCAGAGCCAAAUCCCAGUCUUGGCUCUCCCCUUAAAUAGCUCACUAACCUUGUGCAGUCAGGUGGAGUCUGCCUCCAUUUUUCUAUUCUGAUAGGGGAGAUGCCUACUCUGUUUACCUCUUGGGGGUGCUUUGAGGUUGACGCAAGUUAAUUAAUGAGACUUUGCAUCAUGUGGGAGGUGGUAGAAGAAUACCUCCCACAUCUGGUUUUAUAAGUUUCUCCUCACCCCUCCCCUGAGGGAGUUAAGAAAGAAAGAGGCCACGAAUUCUUGGCAUCAGCACAUUAAAGAGUGUCAGGGGAACCUGAAAAGGAUGCAGCUUCUCAGAGGCUUCACCGCCUGAAAGAAGGAAGGCUCUCCGUGUACUCGAACAGCCUUCUGGAUGUAUCGUAUAUAACCGGAAACUCCUGACUCUCCUAUAUCAACUAACGGUCUUCCUUGUGUAACAUAAAUUGCAGUGUCUGUACACGGUCUUCCCAUUAUCUUGAAACUGGUCGAAACUUGAAUGCCAAUAGCUCAGUCACGCAGAAUAUAUAUGAUCCUGCACUUGGGAAAAAUGUCUUCAUGCUAUCUGUCUGAUUGCUGAGGGGCAUGGGGUUGCCAGAACGUGCGUUUGGGCCUUUUAGGUCUUUAAAAUCCGAUAAAAUCCUAAGCUCUUACUGUCACCGUUGCAGACUCCCUGCACGCAGCUCAGAGGGGAUUCUGUGACAGUUGGGGGUGGGGCAAGGAGGAAAGGGAAGGAGAAAGGUCUUGGAUACUUUUGUGGCAUUUCAGGGGAAGAAAUAAGAAAUUGGAUCAUUUGGAAUUCCAGGGGGAAAGAGGAAGAAGUGGCUCUUCUGUGGAUUGUUUUAAGGAAAGAAUCACGCACACGUAUUCAUUAGAAGUAGGGGUCUUUGAAACUCUUCUGUAGAAAGAAAAUGAGAUGCACAGAUUCUCAUGAACCCUGAGGAAGUGGGAGAGACAUCCCCUAGCGCUUUAUGUCCUGAUGAAUGUUGGUCUAAGAUGAUGCAAAUCCAGUGGAGAUUGAAGCAGCUCACUGGGGGUUCCAGGAUCCCCCUAGUAACAGCUGGCCCUUCUGGAAGUUAAUGACCAGAAUGCCACGUGCAGGCAAGCUUAGAGCCACAGCUCUCUGAGGUGGGUCUAAGGAGCCAUGCCAGACCGAAUCCAAAGGCAGUAAAACAGGGCACUUCAGCUUAAUACUUUCCUUUGCACCUGGAGGUGAGGCUACUAUUUGCUCUAAGUCUAUGCAGAUGUUCGGGGAAGAGUCCUGACAACCAUCAUCUUUGUCCCUGUCCCUGAAGUUAGUGUUGUUCCAUCUGUUGCUGCAGCCCAGCAGCAAGCCUGGUCCUGUUUUUGCCUCUGAGACUCAAGAUCAUGACUUUAAAAUGUUUCUACCUGGAGAACCCCCAUCUCAGGAAUAUGUUGUUUGAAUACUUUCUUAAAACUAUAUUAUGCUUCCAUUCCAAGCCUACAGUCAGACGCUGCAGCCCUCCCUUCCAAAUGAAAAUUUUUUUCCUUCAA